UUGUGUAGAAAAGCAUCAUCGCCAAACAAUUUUAUGGGUCUUUCUUUUGUGAACAUCGAUUGAAUCCCCAAAAUCUCUCUACACCAUUUUUGCUUAAAGCUUUGAAAAAAUAGUAUCCUGUAGCUGAAGAGAUUUCCAUAGAUUCUUCUUUAAGAAGAACAGGAGCAUAGUUUUUGAUUAUUAAUUUGGUUCUGGUUUUUGAUGAUGGCUGGAAUUUGCUGUGGAGUUGUAGGAGAGAGUGAGGCCUCGGCCGCUAUUGAGACGAGCAGUUCUCGGACCAUGAAACGUCGAAAAAUGGAGCUCCUUACAUACAAGUUCAUCUCCGAUGUGACCGUACCAUCGGCGGCAGCGGCGGUGGAGGCUCGCUCUAUUAAGCGGCAGAAACUGGACCUACAUCCUUCGAUUUCUUCGUCAGCUGUAGAUUGCGUGAAGGGAUCUAUGGUGGAAAGUUGUGAAGUGAAAUCCUUUACGGAUGCUAACAGUGAUGGUUUGCGUUUAAAGAAUUGUAACGUGGUGUGUGAUGACUCGAUUUCGGUUCAAGUGGAUGGGAAGGAGGAGUUUCAGGUAGAAAACCCUAAGUAUGGCGUGACUUCUGUCUGUGGCCGGAGAAGAGAUAUGGAAGAUGCUGUUUCUGCUCACCCUUACUUAACGAACCAUGUGGAAGGUUCGGUUGCUAAUGGAUGCCAUUUCUAUGGCGUUUUCGAUGGUCAUGGUUGCUCUCAUGUUGCUAUGAAGUGCAAAGAACGGUUGCAUGAAAUCGUUAAGGAAGAGCUUGAAGGCGAUGAAUCAAAAUCUCCUCAGUGGACAGAAACGAUGGAGCGUAGCUUCACACGUAUGGACAAGGAAGUCCAGGCGUGGAAUGAAAGCGAUAAGAUCUCAAACUGUCGAUGCGAACUUCAGACCCCACGAUGCGAUGCCGUCGGAUCUACCGCCGUUGUUUCGGUCGUAACCCCGGAGAAGAUCAUCGUUUCUAAUUGCGGCGAUUCCAGGGCUGUUCUUUGCCGAAGCGGCGUUGCUAUUCCUCUUUCCUCCGACCACAAGCCUGAUCGACCCGACGAGCUGGUUCGAAUCGAAAACGCUGGAGGGCGCGUUAUUUACUGGGACGGCGCGCGAGUCCUUGGAAUGCUUGCGAUGUCGCGAGCGAUUGGCGACAAUUAUUUGAAGCCGUACGUGAUACCGGAUCCGGAGGUAACAAUCACGGACCGAACAGAGGACGACGAGUGCCUGAUCUUGGCGAGCGACGGACUGUGGGAUGUGGUGUCGAACGAAACGGCUUGUGGCGUGGCUCGCAUGUGCUUGAGAGCUCAGAAGCCACCGCCGCCGCCUCCUAGGUCACCAGGUGGCAAAGAGGAAGCCGAGCGGGUCGUAGCCGACUCGGCCGCCGAGAGCUCCGAUAAGGCUUGUUCGGAUGCAUCUAUAUUGCUAACUAAGCUCGCCUUGGCUAGGCAUAGUACGGAUAACGUCAGUGUCGUUGUUGUGGAUUUAAGAAGAGAACGACAUCGACGACUAUAGUAACUUGUGACAAAUAUACUAAUUAAGCUCAAACCCUUAAAAAAAAAAUUAAUAUAAUAUAAAUAUAUAUAGGGAAACAAUACAGGACAGUAGCUUUUUUUCUGGUAAAUUGUAACUUUGUAAGUUGUAGAAUUCGCCUUUCUUUUUUAUUCAACAAAAUUGAGGAAAGGGGAAAAAAAGGUCUUUUUCUUCAUAUUGGUUUUGAAAUAAUGCAAGCCAUGAAGCCAAUUCCUGUCGCUCA